ACUAGUGAUCAGUGAUAAUCUAUUAAUCAUCUAGGUGGCAGAAGCAGCAUCGUUGAGAACGAAGAAGCUUGAAAAAGUUGCGAGCUCAGAGAAUCUGGAAGUAGCAAAAUUUGGCGGCUUUAACUCAGCAAUUUGUUCUGUACAUGAAGAGAGCAUUCAGCUCACAGUUACGCUCUGCCUAUCCAGCUUCUAAAUCUACUCACUUUGGUCGAGUCAUGGCUUCUUCUGGAUCUGAGGCAAAAGCUAAUUACGCACCCAUAUCUACCAAUGAACCUGUUGUGUCUGUUGAUUGGCUCCACUCUAAUCUUGGAGAUGCUGAUAUAAAGGUUUUGGAUGCCUCAUGGUACAUGGCACAUGAGCAAAGAAAUCCAAUCCAAGAGUAUCAAGUUGCUCAUAUUCCAGGUGCUCUCUUCUUUGAUUUGAAUGGAAUAGCAGAUCGAAAAACAAAUUUACGACACAUGCUACCAUCUGAGGAAGCUUUUGCUGCUGGUUGUUCUGCUCUUGGAAUCGAGAACAACGAUGGAGUGGUUGUGUAUGAUGGAAUGGGGCUCUUUAGUGCAGCUCGUGUAUGGUGGAUGUUUAGAGUCUUUGGACAUGACAAAGUAUGGGUACUUGAUGGAGGCUUGCCGAAAUGGCGUGCUUCAGGCUAUGACGUUGAAUCCAGUGUUUCAAAUGAUGCCAUUUUGAAAGCCAGUGCAGCAACUGAGGCUAUAGAGAAGAUCUAUCAAGGACAAACAAUUAGCCCAAUAACUUUUCAGACGAAGUUCCGGCCACAUCUUGUAUUGGCACUUGAUCAGGUGAAGGAAAACAUCGAGGAUAAGACUUAUCAGCACAUCGAUGCGCGUUCAAAGGCUAGAUUUGACGGUAUUGCUCCAGAACCUUGGAAGGGUUUACCGAGUGGUCAUAUACCCGGUAGCAAGUGUGUCCCUUUUCCCCUAAUGUUUGAUUCCUCUCAAACACUGUUACCAGCAGAGGAGCUGAAGAAGCAGUUUGAACAGGAAGGUAAAACAAAAUGAAGUCUCAAGUAGUUGUUUUAUGCAAUUACUUAUCCGUUUAUCUGCAGACAUAUCUCUGGACAGUCCGAUUGCGGCCUCAUGUGGAACCGGUGUAACAGCUUGUAUUUUGGCAUUGGGACUUUAUCGUCUGGGAAAAACUAAUGUGGCAAUCUAUGAUGGGUCUUGGACUGAAUGGGCAACUGCACCAAACUUGCCCAUAGUGGGUUCUUCUUCAUAAGAAAGUCCAAGAAAAAGCUACAAGAUCACAAGCCAGUGGAUAUAUAUUUAUAAGCUUAGCUUGGUUCAAUCCAUUUCUGUGUUAAACUUUAACAAAUUGCUGGGAGGGUUGUAUUAGUAUUAUACAUCAGUAUUCAGGAUUCUUGAGUUUGGUCUCAUCUUUGUGGAGAUUGAUUAAAAGUCUUAAUGUUCUUGUUGUUUGUUACACAAUUGACAAUUCUGUGUUGCAUAUCAUUUACUAGAUUACAUGGAUUGUGAUUAAGAUAAAUAGAUAUAUUGAUGUAAUUGUAGUUGACUAUCAAAA